GUCCAGAAUAUUGUCGUUCAAAACCAGGAGUUUGGCUUGAGUGUGGACGAACCCACCCAUCCCUGGUACUAUCUUGGCUAUGAUGGGAUUUUGGGCAUGACCAAUCCUACUCCAAAUGCUAUGGGGACAUACACACUCUUGUACCAGAUGAUGCACCAAAAUCAGAUUUCUGAACCCCUUUUCAGCUUUUACUUCUCACGAUUAAGAAUCCUUAGGCAUGUAUUUUGUUUGUUUGGUUUAUUUGUUGGUGAUUUUUUUAGUAGUAUUCUGUGUUCUUCUUGUUUCUAUAGGUUUGCUAUUGGCAACCAGGCUACUGGCUGGUGCAGUGAAGGCUGCCAGGGCAUUGUGGACACUGGAACAUUUUUGCUAACCAUCCCACAACAGUAUUUAAGAAAUUUCCUUCAGGCUGUGAAAGCUCCUUAUGAAGAUUCAUAUGUGGUGGACUGCAACAAUAUCCAGAAUAUGCCUACCAUUAUCUUUUACAUUAAUGGAUCUCAGUUCCCACUACCUCCUUCUGCUUAUGUCUCCAAUGACAAUGGCAACUGUGCACUUGCAAUUGAGGCAACAUAUGUGUCUUCUCCAAAUGGGCAGCCUCUGUGGAUCUUGGGCGAUGUCUUCCUUAAAGAGUAUUACUCUAUUUUUGACAGGGGAAACAACAGGGUUGGUUUUGCACCAUCAGCCUAAAGUGAUGNUACCAAAUACUAAUUUCCUGUCUGGAUUAAUGAGCUGAUUGUUUGGACUCUAACAAAAUAUUUCUAAUUAAAUGUGUACAGCAAACUGUAUGUUCUUCAAUAUUUACAACCUCAAACACUUUACAUACAGUUUGUUCACUUAAGAUCCAUUGCUACACAGAAAUAAAUUAUGUGAACUGUAGACAAAAAAUGGGGAACCCAAUUGGGGAACUAUAACAAAUCCAAAAAAUCAGUGGUUUUACUUGGAGUUAGCUCUUUGCAUCAAUAAAUUUGCACUCAAUGUCUUUUUUAAGCAUUUUCAGUUAGUGAAAGAAAUUUAACAUGUUGUUACACUUAUUCUACAAUCUUCAAGUUGUAAGAACUGCCAGGGACACCGUGCUGGUCUAAGCUUGGUUAUCUUUUGGAAAGAAUUUACUGGAAGCUUUUUAGAGUUUUUAAAAUUGAUUAAAAUGUACAAGUUAUAAUAUUUGAUGUUAAACAAGUUAUUUCUAUACAAUGUGAUAGUAUGCAUAAUUAUGAGUCCAAUAAAUAUUAAAUAUUAAAUACCA